AUGGCCGCCGACGCGUCCUUUGACAACCUGGCCAGACAGUUCACGCACCUGCCGCUCAUCGAAAGACUGCCCAGCUGCUUCCCCGACAUCAACCCUGUCGACAUCUACAGAGCUCACAUCAGCUCCAUCCUCAGCGACAUCACUGGCGCCGACAAGACCGUCAUUUACCCUGUCCUGCAAUGGACCGCCACUCUCGACAAAGGUGACUUGAUGCUUGCAAUUCCUGCCCUCCGCAUCAAGGGUAAACCCGACGAUCUCGGCAAACAAUGGCUGGAGAAGUGGCCCGAUUCCCCCCUCGUUGAAAAGCCCGUCCACAAUGGUGCCUUCCUCUCCUUCUUCUUCAAGCCCGAGCCCAUGGCCAAGACUGUUAUUCCCAUGGCCCUCCAGCGCAACAAGGACUUUGGCUCCAACCCCGCUAACGGCCUUCGCGACCAAAACGACCCCUCCAAAGGCCGCCAAAAGAUUGUCAUCGAGUUUUCGAGCCCUAAUAUCGCCAAGCCUUUCCACGCUGGCCACUUGAGAAGCACCAUCAUCGGUGGCUUCCUCGCUAAUCUCUACCGAAGCGCGGGCUGGGACGUCGCUACCGUCAACUACCUGGGUGACUGGGGUAAGCAGUACGGUGUCCUUGCUCUUGGUUUUGAAAAGUACGGCAGCGAGGACGAGCUUGUCAAGGACCCCAUCAACCAUCUCUUCACCGUCUACGUCAAGAUCAGCAAGGAAGUCGCUGAGGAGAAGGAGCAGGCGGAGAAGCUCAAGGCAGAGGGCAAGGAGGAGGAGGCGCAGGCUAUCCUCGACAAUGGUGUUGACGAAAAGGCCCGCAGCUACUUCAAGAAGAUGACCGAGGGCGACGAGCAAGCCAUUGCUCUGUGGAAGCGUUUCCGUGACUACAGCAUCGAACGAUACAAGCAGACCUACGCUCGCCUCAACAUCCACUUCGACGAGUACUCUGGUGAGAGCAAGGUUUCCGAGGAUGAGAUGCAGCAAGCUGCUGCCAAGCUCAAGGAGAUGGGCCUGGCUCACGAGGACCGCGGUGCUCUUCUCAUGGACUUUACAAAGAGCGUGCCCGGAAAGGAGGGCAAGACCCUUGGCAAGGCCAUUCUUCGCAAAAAGGACGGCACCGCCCUGUACCUCACUCGUGAUAUCUCUGAGCUCAUCAACCGUUAUGAGCGCUACAAGUUUGAUAAGAUGAUUUAUGUCAUUGCCUCGGAGCAGGACCUCCACGUCAAGCAGUUCUUCAAGAUUGUCCGCAUGAUGGGCCGUGAUGACAUUGCUGAUAAAUGCCAGCACGUCAACUUUGGUCUCGUCCUCGGCAUGAGCACCCGGAAGGGCACGGUCAAGUUCCUCAACGAUAUCCUCCGUGACGUCGGUGAACACAUGCACGAGGUCAUGAAAAAGAACGAGGACAAGUACUCCCAAGUUGAGGACCCGGAGCAAAUCGCCGACAAGCUCGGCAUCUCGUCAGUCAUGGUCCAGGAUAUGAACGGAAAGCGCAUCAAUAACUACACUUUUGACCUGUCCCGCAUGACGAGCUUCGAGGGUGACACAGGCCCGUACCUUCAGUACGCGCACGCCCGUCUGUGCUCCAUCCAGCGCAAGGCGGAGCUCAGCGACGAGGCCAUUGCCGCUGCCGAUCUGUCGCUUCUCACCGAGCCCAUGGCCGUCAACCUGCUCCGCGUCAUUGCGCAGUGGCCCGACGUGGUCCAAAAUGUCCUCAAGACGCUCGAGCCCACCACCAUCCUCACGUACCUCUUCAAGCUCACCCACACACUGAGCACUAGCUACACCCAUCUCCGCAUCGUCGGCAGCGAGCCCGAGGUCAUGAAGGCGCGUCUGGCGCUGUAUAACUCUGCUCGUAUCGUUCUCCACAACGGUAUGGGCAUCCUCGGCCUGACACCUGUUGAGCGCAUGUAA